UGUAAAGUCCCCAGAAUUGCAUCACAUGGAGGUCAAAGGACAUCUGAUCACAUCCAUGGGUUUGGGGGCUCCUGAUGUUCAAGGCUGCCAGGACAGCAAGCUGCAGGCUGAGAGGAUCGCAGCUCUGCAGGAGAGGAAGCAGGCCCUGGAGGCGCUCCUCAACGCCAGAGUGGGAGAGCUCAAACAAGUCUGUUUGCAGGAAGCGGAGCUGACUGGGAAGUUGCCACGUGCUUUCCCCCUGGAGACGGGAGAGAAACCCCCACCGGUGCAGCGCAGAGCUGGCCUGGCGCCCAACACCAAGGCAGAGGAUGAGGCUGCCCAAAGAAAGCAGAUGAAAGCCAUCUUCACCGGUGCUCUGUACAGACACUCGGAGUCGGACCGAAAUGUCCCAAAUAGCAAGAGGACAGUCCAUCGGGGCUGUCAUACAGAGGACACUGUCAUGUCAGAGAGCACCAGCUCCAUGUCAGAUUCAACAUCCCAUGAUAACGAGUCUUCACCCAGUGUGGCUGCUGACCAGCGCUCUCUGUCUCAGCCGCGGCUCACCGUGGGCAGCCCCGACCAUAGAAUCAGCAGGAAGUUGUCUCCGGUUGAGAUUUACUACGAGAUGAGGACACGACGCAACUCUGUCACAAGCUCUGUUAGCCCCACUCACUCUUUACCUAGAAGUGCUUCUAACGUUGAAGGCAGAAGUGUUCCAGCAACUCCUCUGUUGGCGCGAACUGCUCCGAUCAGCGUUCACGUCAGGUCAGAUGCAUCCAGUGGGAAUGGGUUGAAGCAGUGGUCUGGCAGCCUGGAUGUGCCGUACAUGAUUCCUCUGGCUCAAGAGGGCUCCUCCUCUGACCGCCGAAGCUGCCCGUACAGCUCCCGAGCGAGGCGCAGCAACAGCUCAGAGGCCCUGCUGGAUAGAUCAAGCCUCCCGGACGAUCCUGCCCCCAGGAACGGGAUGCCCCAGAGAGGAGGGCCCUACAAGAGCUCAGAGACAUUGACCGACGGCAAGCUGCGGCACAUCCACCUGGGCAGCCCCGAGAGACACGUGGACGGCUCCGGGGAGCAGGUCAAAAUGCGCCUGUCUAUGGGUGGCAGGGGGGCCAGCGGAGGCUACAAUGAGCUUUUGAUGGACUAUAUCUGGGGGAAACAGCAGAGGAUGCAAGUGCAGCACCACCUGUACCAGUCCACAGGCAGGAUCUGGCAGGACGCGCCCUCUCCUCGCUCCUCCACCGCAGCGGUGCCUCCUCACGCCAACGGAUUUUCGCAUUCCCAGGUGCACCUGCCCAGUGCUGCACCUCCUUACAGCCCCAUGGUCCUCAGAGGGUCUCAAGCUGAGCUACGCAGGGUCAAAGUUACCAGAACCAAAUCUUGUGGGCCCUUUAUUCCUUUGCAGCAACAUCCCCAAGACGCCAUCCUGCUAUCAGCGUACGAGUCUCCUCUCCCCGCCUCUGGCACCACCACAUCCUCCAUCCCCAACCUGCACCCCUACCAGACCGAGCUGUCCGGCACCUCCUUCAGCCGCAGACCGCCACAGUUCUCCCUCCCGACCCCAGAAGACUCAACGAGAAGCCUGCAUAAAGCCCUGGCGCUGGAGGGGCUGAGGGACUGGUACCUGAGGAACGCUCUUGGCUAUCCUCCCGCGGCCGCAAAGGGCCACGAGGCGGGGAUCUCUCGCCUGUCGCACCCCCACCCGCUGGUGCACCAGGCCCAGUCUGUUCAAGGUGAAUCAGGCAACCUCCAAAGGCCUCAGAUACCCCAGUCAGCCAGCUUCCACGGUCACCCUCUGCACGGAAGGUCGAUGGAGUUCUCUCUCUAUCAGGAGACUCCGGAUCCACAGAUGCAAGACAUGACCCCAAAGGAGGCCAGUGCAGACCCAGGCACGCUGGUCUGAAGCAGCAGAACACACACACAUAGACACACACACACACACACACACUGCAUUAUAUG